AUGAUAGCGUGUCUGGAGCAGCGAUUCCUGCCCGAGAGCGAGGCUGUGGCGGGCACCAGCAGUGGGGACGCCCAGGAGGAGGAGUGGGAGGAGGACCUCGGGUUGAUCCGCGGCCUGGAGCUCCACGGGCCUGUCGAAAUAGACUGCGCCACCUCGCCGCCGUCGGCAGCGGCGGCGGCGAGAGACUUCGGGGGGAUCUACCGGCUCCCCCCAGUGGCAGUCGUCUGGCCCGCGUCCUCGGAAGACGUGGCGAGCGUGGUCCGCCUUGCCGCUCGCUCUCCCCGCCUCACCGUCGCCCCCCGCGGCAACGGGCACUCCAUCCACGGCCAGGCAAUGGCGGCCGGCGGCGUGGUCCUUGAGAUGCGUCCCUCCAUGGCGUCGCUGGAGCUCGUGCCGGGGGCCACACCCGCCGUGCGCGCCGGCGCCGGCGCUCUGUGGGACGAGGUGCUGGAGUGGUGUGUCGGUCGUCACGGCCUUGCCCCGCGGUCGUGGACCGACUACCUCGGCCUGACGGUCGGCGGGACACUCUCCAACGGCGGGAUCAGCGGCCAGGCAUUUCGCUUCGGCCCCCAGACCGCCAACGUGAUCGAGCUGGAGGUGGUCACCGGCCGGGGCGACUCGAUCGUCUGCUCCGAGACCCGAUGCUCGGACCUCUUCUUCGCUGCGCUCGGCGGGCUCGGCCAGUUCGGGGUCAUCACCCGCGCCACCAUCCCCCUCCAGCCCGCGCCCGACAUGGUGCGGCCGCCGCCGCCGCCGCCCUUCUUUCGGAACAUUCCUCAGAUUCCUUCGUUUUUUUAAUCCUUGUCUCUUGUAGGUGAGGUGGAUGAGGGUGGUGUACGCCGACUUCGAGCACUACGCCGGCGACGCUGAGUGGCUGGUCAGCCGCGCGGCGGCGGAGGCUGGAGAGGCUUUCGACUACGUGGAGGGGUUCGUCCUCGUUAAUGCCGAUGACCCAGUUAACGGGUGGGGCUCGGUGCCCCUGGAGCGGGGCCAGAGGUUCGACGGCGAGGCGGUUCCUCCAGCCGCCGGUCCAGUCCUCUACUGCCUCGAGGUGGCGGCCUACUACGACCUCCGCGACGCCGACGACUCCGUGGACAAGGUAGGCCAUGGACAUUUCGGUCAUUCCGAGGGAGUUCGCUGUCGGAGGGUGGGGCCCAUGACACGCACGUCUGCGACGUGCGUGAUCUUACGCUGGAUUCUCUGACACAACGGACAAAUGCCUUCCCGCUCCCCUCCCCCCUUCGAUUCCCGCCAUCAUUGCAUAUUCCGCCGUCGCAGAAGGCGGAGGGGCUGCUGCGGCGUCUGCGGCACGUGCGGCGGCUGGAGUUUCGGACGGACGUGAGCUAUGUGGGGUUUCUGUCUCGUGUGAAGCGCGCGGAGGAGGAAGCGAGGGGUCGCGGCAUCUGGGACGGGGCUGCGCACCCAUGGCUGAACCUGCUCGUCUCCAAGGGCGACAUCGCUGACUUUGACCGCCAGGUCUUCAAGCGCAUCCUCCGCGGCGGUGUCGGCGGGCCGAUGCUCGUCUACCCUCUCCUCAAGUCGAGGUGAGUCUCCUCAACUCCUCGUCCUCGUUCAGAACCAGGGAUUGGGGGGGUUGCGAUUCAGGGCUGCGAGGUUUGUCUUAGCUGGUAAAGAAAAAAACGUCUCUCCCACGGGCACCUUUGCUUCACGAGGAGAGGGGGGAUGGAGGGGGUCAGGUUUUGCUAUGCCGCAGCUGGCGGCAUCCGAGGGCGUCUUCUUCCCCGGCUGACUGCCGUUUUCUGGUUUUGGCAGAUGGGAUCCGAGGGCAUCGGUAGCGCUGCCGGCCGGGGAGGUGUUCUACCUGGUGGCGUUGCUGCGGUUCAACCGGCCACCGCCGGAGGGCCCGCCGACGGAAGAGUUGCUGGCGCAGAACCAAGAGGUGGUCGACUGCUGCGUUGUCAACGGCUACGAUUUCAAGAUGUACCUGCCGCACUACCGGAGCCGCGACCAGUGGGAGCGGCACUUUGGCGAGCAGUGGCCCCGGUUCGCCAAGAGGAAGGCCAGCUACGAUCCCUUGGCCAUCCUCUCUCCUGGGCAGAGGAUCUUUCGCAGAGGUCAGGGCCCCCUCGGGGAACAAGACAAUUAA